AUGUACAAACCUUCUUGGUCGGACUCCACAAUAGUCCUGAAUUGGAUAGUCUCGCCAUCGCGAAAAUGGUCUACUUUCGUAGCCAACCGAAUCAGCGAGAUUCAAGGGGCUACGAAUCCCAGCAGUUGGCGUCACAUUAGGUCGCCAGAAAAUCCUGCGGACAUUCUAUCACGCGGUCUAGACCCGCAAGAGUUAACAAGCUCGUCGUUAUGGUGGCACGGACCCGCAUUUCUCAAACUGGGCGAAGAAUCUUGGCCCAAGUCCGAUUUUGCACGCGCACCAGAAGACAUGCCAGAGCAAAAAAGGUGUACCACGGCUAUUGCCGUCAUCGAGCACUCAAUCGUCAACGAAUUAUUAAACAAAUUUUCAAACCUUAAUAAGGCAUGUCGCGUACUCGCAUAUUGUUUCAGAAUUACGAGGUCCUUCCGCCCAGUCGCACCCACUAUUUUCAUAUCUCAUCACGAGACGUCAACCGCCCUAGAAGUCAUGUGCAAAUCCGUGCAAGAACAAGCCUUUUCAGAUGAGUACAAGGCCUUAUUAAAAGGUCAAGUCAUUAACCCGGCCAGUCGCAUAUUGUCCCUCUCGCCCUUCGUGGAUAAGGACAAGCUAAUCCGCGUGGACGGUAGGUUAGGCAACUCUAAUCUAAGUUCUGAUAUGCGUCACCCAAUUCUAUUGCCACAAAAUCAUAUUCUCACUCAAAGAAUUAUAGAACGGGAACGUGCGCAAUGCACACGCUGGCGUGCAGGCCACGAUGGCCGCAGUAAGGCAGCGCUUCUGGCCAAUCUCUCUUCGAUCGGUUACGCGAAAAAUAUUAAAAAAUUGCGUGAUGUGUUUCAAGAUGAAGCCGGUGCUUUUGGAAGCAAUCAUGGGCUCAUUGCCCGCCGGGAGCAUCAAACCCAAGUUAACAUCAAUCAUUUCCUACGUGAUCAGGAAACUGCGUGGAAAUUCAUUCCACCUAACGCGCCACAUUUCGGCGGACUUUGGGAGGCCGCAGUAAAAUCGGCGAAACACCACUUGUACCGAAUAGCCGGAAAGUCGCCUUUGACCUUCGAAGAGCUUCAAACAACAUUUUGCGAAAUAGAAGUGAUCUCCUCAUGUCCUCUAACUCCACUAAGCGACGAUCCCAACGAUCUGUCGUAUUUGAGCCCCGGUCAUUUUUUGGUUGGCACGGCCUUGAAUAGUUUUCCUUACACUGAUGUUACUGAUGUAAGCGAGAAUAGACUGGGAUUGGCUCCCCUACAAUGGUCAAUCGGUCGAGUGGAGGAGGUUCAUCCCGGACCAGACAACAUCGUUCGAAUUGCCACUGUCCGUACAGCGCGGGGUCUGUUUACCAGGCCAUUGUCAAAAAUUGCUAUCCUACCCAUUGAGGAAUAG